AAUAUUUUCAAUGAUUUGGUAUGGUGAUGCCAGCGAUGGCUCGGUAUACAGUAGACAGCUCGCAUCUGGAGGGGAGGUCAAUUCUGCUAUGGUACCUGUGUGAAAUGGGUGCAUUAGUAUAGCUGCAAAGAAAGACGACCAAAAAGAUCGCCAGUGGAGGAUUUAAUCUUGAGCAUAUCAUUGCGGAUUGUGUGUGUGUGUGUGUGGAUUAGCAGAAGGUUAUAUCCAAAUCAGUGUUCGUGAGAAGCUGCAUAUCGGUCUGUGAUCAGAGUCGGAACCGUCACCAGAACCGAGGGAACGCCCAACCCUGGGUGUUUAUUCCAAGUAUUUGACCUUGUACUAGGACUAUUUGGGGAAGAGCAUCACUCUUACUGUUGAAGAGGGAGAUCCCCUGGCUUUUCCCAGCCCCAUUGACGGCCAGGAUUUGGGGGCUCGGGUGGACCAGAAGCGCGAAUGAAAUCUCCUUUGCAAUUGGAUGGUGGGACCACGACGGAAACUAAAAAAGAUUCUCGAACCAGACAACAGGAGCCCUGACGCUUCUGAGGUGAUCGGCGUUUUCCGUGUAAGGAUAAGAGAAAAGGGUCCGCGUUAUGAAUACGAGCGCAGUACCCUAUCAGCAGAAUUCAUAUAGCCUCGGAGGAGUGCCCACAAGCAUCCGAUGUUACAGAUGCGGAGGGAUAUGCAAAGGAGAGGUGGUGCGGGUUCAUAAUAAUCACUUUCAUGUCAAAUGCUUUACCUGCCAAGUUUGUGGCUCCGACUUGGCACAAGCAAACUUCUUCUACAAAAAUGGAGAAUAUAUCUGCACAUUGGAUUAUCAACGAAUGUAUGGGACUCGUUGUGACAGUUGUGGGGACUUCAUUGGUGGAGAGGUGAUCUCAGCUCUUGGAAGAACAUUCCAUCCAAAGUGCUUUGUUUGCACAGUCUGCAGGAAGCCAUUUCCAGUUGGAGACCGUGUUACUUUCAGUGGAAAAGACUGUGUGUGUCAGCAGUGCUCUCAUACAUUGGUUACCGCUUCUGAGCCUAUAAAGAUUCAUGGACCCAGUCAGUGCGCCGGCUGUGGAGAUGAAAUCAAACAUGGACAGUCACUGCUGGCCUUGGAGAAGCAAUGGCAUGUGAGCUGUUUCAAAUGCCAGUCCUGUGGUGUUGUGCUGACAGGAGAAUAUAUCAGCAAGGAUGGCAUUCCUUAUUGUGAGACUGAUUACCAUUCUCGGUUUGGCAUUAAGUGUGAGACUUGUGACAGAUAUAUCAGUGGGAGAGUGCUGGAGGCAGGAGGAAAGCAUUACCACCCAACUUGUGCAAGGUGUGUCAGAUGUCACCAGAUGUUCACAGAGGGAGAAGAAAUGUACCUAACAGGCUGUGAAGUGUGGCAUCCACUUUGUAAGCAGUCUGCUAGAAUGGAAAAGAAGCUACGGCACAGACGCACCUCUGAAACUUCCAUCUCUCCUCCUGGAUCUAGCAUUUCAGGAUCACCAAACCGGGUCAUCUGUGCAAAAGUGGAUAAUGAAAUACUUGACUAUAGGGAUCUGGCCGCUCUUCCCAAAGUUAAAACUAUCUAUGAUAUUCAGCGUCCUGAUCUGGUUUCCUACGAGCCAUAUUUCAAAUCUGCAUCAGAAGACAGACUUGAAAGACAUAGUUUCGGGGAGUCACUUGGGAUGCUGUCACCAUACUCACAGGACAUAUAUGAUGGGAUUGAUUUAAGACAGAGGAGAUCUUCCAGUCCUGGAUACAUUGACUCUCCCACAUACAGUCGACAGGGGAUGUCUCCCACAAUGCCUCGAUCGCCUCAACAUUAUCACAGACCAGGCACUGAAAGUGGUCGGAGUUCACCUUAUUAUACCCAACUAGACAUCAAGCCAAGCCCUGCCCAGACACCUACACAUUUCCAUAUACCAGCAAGUGGAGAAAUCUCUAAUAUCUACAGGAAGCCCCCAAUCUAUAAGCGGCAUGCAACAAAAAGCAAAACCAGUGAGGAUAUUGUUCAAUCUGCAAGAUAUCCAGCAGCUUACUCACCAGAUAUCUUCCAGCAGUCAGAGUCAGAGUAUUGGCCUUCCCCAGCUUCACCCAAAGCAUCUAGAUCGAGUCGAAGAUCUUCAUCUGGUGCAGAAGAUGAUAGCCAAAAUAUUUGGGAUCAGGGUAUUCAGAGGAUACAAAGUGGCAUUAACCGACUAAUUCUGAAGGAGGAGAUGAAAGCCAGAUCAGGGACUUAUGAUAACGACCCCUGGUCGACACGCAGCUCCACAACAAGUAGGGAAUAUCUUCAGAACAUAGGCUACGAUUCUCCAGUGAAUGGAUCUCCCAGAGGAACAUAUAUGGGCGACAGUGAUCCACUGAUUUCCAAAUCUGCUUCUCUUCCGGCCUAUAUGAGAAAUGGAUUGCACAGGCCUCAGAGUGCUGACAUUUUCCAAUAUGACAACGACAGUUCUGUUAAUUGGGGAAUGAGAGAAUACAAGAUUUAUCCAUUUCACGUUCUAAUGGUAACCACCAGAGGUCGGAAUAAGUUACCAAAAGAUGUUGACAGAACAAGAUUAGAGCGUCACUUAUCUCCAGAAGAUUUCUACCGAGUAUUUGGAAUGACACUCGGAGAGUUCGAUCGACUGGCAUUGUGGAAAAGAAAUGAAUUGAAGAAACAAGCACGGCUUUUUUAGGCACACAUUAGAACCCAAUUAUAGAAAAAGAAACAGAAAUAGUAAGGACAUGACUACCCAAGUAUACAGCACAUUUAAUCACACAAUCUGUUCAUAGUGUUUACAUAUCAUGAUAUAAUGUUAAGAAGCUACAUGUAUCUAUAGAUGUUUUGCAAAUGUUGGUCACUUGUGGGUUUAUAUUACCAUUACAUCAUGGAACUUUUGUGACAUAAUCAGAUUUCUUGGGACUUAAGUUUCACAGGCCCAGUUUCAUGUUUAAAAUUGGGAUUCUGGAAUAAAUUAGGAUUAUUUGUUGUUGGUCUCUUUCUUUAUUUAUCUUUUGUUUUAUUUUUCUUGCUCAGUCUUGCUUUUCUCUUAUCAGUUCCUUCUACAAGCAUCAAAUUACUUCAGAACAUUUAAGUUACAUAACCAAAGCAGAAUUACUUAAUGACAAAGAUCUGCAGAAGAGUAUUGCAGAUAUAAUGUAUUACUGAAAUAAUUUUUGUGCACAUUUGUCCUAUAUGGGAAUCAUUAUGAUCUCGCAGUUUAACACUUCUAUAAAUUAUACAAUUUACUGAAAUUAUUGACAUUUUUGCCUCAGCUGAUAUAGAACCCAUAAUUGGUUUCUCACUGUCAAUUGCUGUAUUCUGUUGGAUAAAUAAAUAAUGUAAAUUUGGCUUAAAA